AUGUCGGCUGAGCACGAUCAGUCGGAUGAGGCCAAUCUGGACGAAUAUGUUGGGAUUCGGCAUACAUGGCUAGGCGUAGCGAUGAGCUCAGCCCCUAAUCCGUGGACCCGUGGAACGCCGCGCCCCGAACCGUCCGGGCCGAAGCGGGCGCUGAACACAGGAUACAAUGACCGAAUCGGAGAUAUCAUGCUUGUAUAG